AACGUUUGUACAUUGUACCGCGUUGCCUGUGACGGCCGCCCGUCUUGUUCGCUCGCUCACAAAACUCCGGUAUAGUAUAAAAGUUAGUGUUCAUUCACAAUUUUUCAUAUUCUAUUUAAACCAACAAAGAGUUAUUGUGUUUGGAUUAUUCUAUUUACGUACAAUGGAAAGUGAAGUGACUAAAUAUGUAUCAUUCUUUCUAGAUAAUCAUGUGGAUAUUCAUAGAGGGAAGAUAUUUCAAUGAUACUAAAGGAAAAUGUAACACAUGAUGUUCGAUUCCUAUGAGCAUGAAUUUUUUGAAUCUAGCUCUUUCAAAUAUACAGAAUAUACAAAUCUUAGCAUUGUCACUGACAAUGUCAAUAACAGUUCCACUUUUGAUAAUUCAACAUGGACGGAAGACGCUGUUUGUUUCGAUACAUCAUCAGCGCCUUUCCUAUCAAGUACAUUAUUUCAGACGUUUGUUUUCUUUAUGUAUUGCACCGUCUUCGUUAUAGCUCUUUUAGGAAAUGGGUUAGUUUGUUUCGUUGUUCAAAGUUCCCAAAGGAUGAAAACUGUAACGAACUAUUUUAUAAUGAACUUAGCCAUUGGUGACAUAUUAAUGACUCUAUUUUGUGUUCCAUUUUCUUUUGUUUCAAUGCUAGUGUUAAGAUACUGGCCAUUCGGUAUCGUUAUGUGUAAAGUUGUGAAUUAUUCUCAAGCAGUAUCAGUGUUUGUGAGUGCUUAUACAUUAUUAGCUAUAUCUAUAGAUCGAUAUAUGGCAAUUAUGAGACCGCUGCGGCCAAGGAUGGGGAAAACGGCGGCCAAGUUUGUAGUAGCCGCUGUUUGGGGUGGCGCCCUGUCUACAGCUGCUCCAAUAUUUGUUGUAUCAAAGAUACAAAGACCAACUGAAUGGCAUAAAUUCUGCAAAGCAGACAUAUGUUUAGAGCAGUGGGAUCGACCUGGUCAAAGCGAGCAGUAUUCUUGCGCUUUAAUGGCUCUACAGUUUGGGUUGCCACUGCUGGCUCUGGUGUGCACGUAUGCUCGAAUAGCACAUGUAGUUUGGGGAGGUCGACCUCCCGGUGAAGCGCAAACAGAGAGGGACAUACGAAUCCAACAUUCAAAAAGAAAGAUGAUAAAGAUGAUGGUGACGGUAGUUGCCGUCUUUACUGUCUGCUGGCUCCCACUUAACAUGUUUAUAAUACUUUGGACAAUUCAUGAAACUGAUGAGAGCUGGGCUACUUGGCCCGGAAUGCCGUAUGUGUGGUUCCUGAGCCAUUGGCUUGCUAUGUCACAUUGCUGUUACAAUCCUAUUAUAUACUGCUAUAUGAACACCAGAUAUAGAAGAGGAUUUAAACAGAUAUUAAAUAGCAUUUUGCCAUCGAGGCUUGAUCAACCGUUGAGGUCUAGACAUCGGUCCAGCAUAUGCGAAGGCAUGCCCAUGUCAGAAUUAGUGGGUAUGAAUGGGGUAACUCGUCGCGCGAGCAGUAGUAUGACAAGAUUGCACCGAGCUCCAACCUGCACAUCCAUGACUUCAGUCCGUCGCGGUAAUUCCGCAUCUAUUUCAUCUGCACGUCUGUAUACAGCCGCGCCUCCUGUCCGAGCACUUUCAGUGAGAACUCAAUUCCAUUAAAAGAUUAAAUUGGAUAGACCAGCUUUCUAUCACUCGAAGUCAUAUUUUAAUAUCCUUUUGUUAAUUAUUUCGCAAAAAUAAUAAUUCAAAAUAUUUCGUAUUUAUUAUUAUCUGAUUCAAAGUUCAGAAUCACUACUCAAUAUAUUUACAAUAAUUUUAAGGGUGACAAGAGACAAUAUUUUCUGGGAUUAAGUAAUUUAAACAGAUUACAAAACUUUGUUUAACUCCUUUGUAAAGAACACUAAAUGGAACAAAUGAAAUUAUUUAGAAUGUCAGAAUUGUAUUUUGAAUAUAUCUCUUAUUAUUAUGAUAAAUAAACUUGGAAAAUAUACGGGUGAAUACAUCGAGUAUAUGUUCAGAAACAGCAUAAUCGAUAUCGUGGUGAGCUAAUUUAAACAAUAAUAAUGUGCUGAUAACUUAAUCUGUCCACAGAUUAGUUGGCAAUUCAUUAAUGUGAUUUGUCAAACAUUAUGAAUUGAUAUUAGUCACUAAUAGACUUUUAGUAUAUAUAAAGGAUAAAUGACUUCAAUAUUUUCAUAAAUACAGACCUAAGAGGAAGAUUAAGUUUGGCACGAUUCUAGUCAUUAAGCUCUAUUGU